GUCCGACAAGUAACAACAAGUCUGCUGACAGCUGUUGUAAGCAUUUUUAAUUGCUUGAAAAAUUAUUGGUUCUCGUUGAUCAACCAACGAUCUCCAGCUCCAUGAGAGAGAAACACCAUGAGCUAUAAAUAAAUGAAUGAGCCCGAUUUUCGAGCAAUUCAACAAUGGACAUUGCAAAAUCGUUAUUCAAUGUGAGAGAUCACGAGGGUUAUGUUGGAAAAGAUGAUUAUAAUCAAAAACUGGAAACAAUCGGCUCUGAAGACGACUGCGAGACCGACCUGAACGGUUUCUGCGACGAUGUCAUCUCUCCCAUCCCUGGGGGUCCUUUCUCCGCUCUGACACCAUCUAUGUGGCCUCAAGAUAUUCUCGCUAAACUCAGCCAACCGGACGAUCCAAAUUCCCAACCUGACUACCGAUUCGACGAAUUCGGUUUUCGAGUGGAAGAGGAAGACGGCCCAGAACAAAGCUCCAAGAAACUUCUUGGUGUCCCAUUUAUGGAUGACCCAGAGCACAAGCAUCAGUGGAUUACCCUCUUGGAGUUCACCCGCACCCAAGAGAUCUCUGACAUCUCCUGGGAAAAUGGAAAAACAGAUGAGCGCCUGCCGAGAACCGAAAAACUUCGAGAAAUGGUUCGACAAGGAGUUCCUCAUUCCCUUCGCCCUAGAAUCUGGAUGAGGGUAUCAGGGGCUUUGCAGAAAAAAUCGUCAUCAGAAAUGACGUACAAAGAUAUUGUGAAAGCUUCCAGCAAUGACGCCUUGAUGACCUCUAAGCAAAUAGAAAAAGAUUUGUUGCGGACUAUGCCGGCAAACGCCUGUUUCUCUCACCUUCACAGCACAGGAAUCCCUAGAUUACGAAGAGUAAUGAGGGGAUUAGCGUGGUUGUACCCCGAUAUUGGUUACUGCCAAGGUACAGGAACAAUAGCAGCUUCUUUGCUCCUUUUACUUGAAGAGGAAGAUACUUUCUGGAUGAUGGCAACCAUUGUUGAGGACUUAUUACCAGCUUCUUAUUAUUCUUCCACCCUUCUCGGGGUCCAAGCAGAUCAAAAGGUCUUGAGGACACUGGUUACUAAUUACUUAUCUGACAUUGAUCAUGUAUUAAUCCAACAUGACAUUGAACUUAGUCUCAUCUCUCUCCACUGGUUCCUGACGCUUUUUGCAUCCGUCGUGCACAUGAAAAUUUUAUUGAGGAUUUGGGAUCUAAUCUUGUUUGAUGGAUCAAUCGUCUUAUUCCAAAUUACUCUAGGGAUGCUGAAAAUGAGGGAGACCGAAUUAAAGCAAUUAGAGAAUUCUGCUCAGAUCUUUAAUGCACUUUCGGACAUCCCGGGCGACAUUGACGAUGUUGAUCAGCUUUUCAAGAUUUCUUUGGAAGUCAGUGGGUCUCUCACUGAUGUUUUGGUAGAGACGCACAGGAGGAGACACUUGGCAUAUUUAAUGGCAGACCAAGGGGGGCUUGUUGGGAACCCCGAUGCAAGUCCUAAUUUGCCUAAGCAGCAUUUGAACAAAAGGCAGAUGAAGAGAUCCAAAUCUAUGCUGCAGAGUUUUCUGUUUGGCGGAGAUGAGAAGGGAGAGGAUGCCAAAUCUAAAAAUAUAAGGCAGACGGAAAUUUUAGUCGAUUUGAGAGAGACUGUCCUGCAAGUAGCUAGGCAUUUUAUGAAUGUCGAUCCGAAGAUCAAUGCUGGAGCUCUCGUGGCAGAUUAUACGAUGGAGAGUCACUCUAAGGAUCAUGAUAAUUAUAUCAAUGUGUCGAGGAUACGGCAGCGGAGGGCGAAGGCUCUGCUGGAUUUCGAAAGACAUGACGAUGAUGAACUAGGAUUCCGAAAGAAUGAUAUUAUUACGAUCAUCAGUCAGAAGGACGAACACUGUUGGAUCGGAGAGUUGAAUGGGCUUAGAGGAUGGUUUCCUGCUAAAUUUGUACAAUUACUGGACGAAAGAAGUAAGCAAUACACAUGUGCUGGGGAUGACGCAGUUAGUGAAGCUGUGACUGAUCUUGUUCGAGGAACAUUAUGUCCAGCUAUUAAAGCAGUUCUAGAGCAUGGCAUGAGAAGAGCCAAUUUUUUAGGGGGUCCCUGUCAUCCUUGGUUGUUCAUUGAAGAAGCCUCCACUAGAGAAGUUGAAAAAGAUUUCAAUUCUGUUUACAGUCGACUCGUUCUCUGUAAAACAUAUCGAUUGGACGAGGAUGGAAAAGUGCUUACUCCAGAGGAGCUACUUUAUCGUUGCGUUCAGUCAGUCAAUCUCACUCACGACAAUGCCCAUGCUCAAAUGGACGUCAAGCUACGUUCCUUGAUUUGUCUCGGACUAAACGAACAAGUUCUGCACCUCUGGCUCGAGGUUUUAUGUUCGUGUGUUGAAGUAGUACAAAAAUGGUACCACCCAUGGAGUUUCAUAAACAGUCCGGGCUGGGUCCAAAUUAAAUGUGAGCUUAGAAUUCUCAGUCAAUUUGCCUUCAAUCUCAAUCCUGAUUGGGAAUUACCACCGAAGAAAGAGCAAUCUCAGCCACUAAAAGACGGAGUCAGAGAUAUGCUUGUGAAGCAUCACUUAUUCAGCUGGGAUUUGUGAAUGGAUAUUAGUUUGAAGAAACUUCCUCACAUUACUUUCUUAAUUUCUUAAUUUCUUCUACUCUUCAAAUAGGAUUUUUAGGCUAAUUACUUCUACAUUGUAUUUUCCUUUCAUUAUUUCUGAAUUGAUAUGUAAUAAUAGUUAUUAAAAAGGUCGACAUAAUUAAAUCAUAUUUCUCUAAAGAGAGCGAAGACUAAGAAAGAGAAAGAGAGAAUCGUUUAUUGACUUAUCACUCUAUCAUUCAAUCAUCCGUCCUGGAAGUUUUUAAAUCAGAGGAAAAAACUAUUCAUAUACCUACAUUAAAAAAAGGAAAAAUAAUGUUCUCCAAAUGAGGGAAAGUUGAAUUCAAGAGGUAAAAAUUUGUAGCAGAGUGAUGACGUCAGAUAGCUUAAAAAAUUUCCUUACAGAUUGUUCUGCAAUAAUAUUCAUGGAACUGAGUAGUUCCUAAAAAUCGAAAAAAGGUCUUUUAAUGAAUCUCGUCUCGAACAUAUUGACAGAAUAAUCUGCACACAAAUUAUAGACCUACCUCCUGUUUUUCACCACCUUAUUACGGAAAUGAAAAGACCACUUGACAUCUCCAUCGAAACCAAAAAUAUAUAUAUAUUUCUCAUGUGUGUAUGUGUGUGUAGUAUAAUUUGGCUAUGUCAAUGUAUAAAUACAGUAUUAAUUUGAUUAAUAAUUAGUGAUAGCCUGGUUGGCUCUAGUACUAUAAUUAAUUUUUCGUCUCUGCGCCUAAUUUAUUCACUCCCCAUUCUUUACAUGAUUAUACAAUAAGAGAGACGUUUAAAAAUUUGAACUGUAAUAUACCAACAUACGGAUUUUCCUUAAAACAGUGAUUUAUGUGAUGAAAAACAUUCUUCUGAGAAACGCGGCAGUCCGGCACGCUCAUAUUACAACUGACGGAGGUUUGAUGUGUCCUUUUUUAAAUUGUAUAUUUAUAGGUAGCUUCCUCUGAACGUCCACAUUUUUUCAUAAUUUUAUCGCACUGUUAUGUUUAAAUCAAAUAAAACUUUAUUAAUGGAGGGAA